CGCACAGACGCCUGGAAGAUGUCAACAUUGGAAGUCAAAAGAAAGCAUGGCGAGCACAGGAACGUAUAAUAGCCCCAUGCACGACUUGAAAUCUAAACCAGAUACAGCUCCAGGUUAUCCAAGAAGACCAACAUCAACUUUACAAUAUUCUGGGAGAAGGAGCAAGAGUCCCUAUAAUUAUGAAGAACCGAUUACAGAUAGGGAAGACUGGUGGAGAUCUACGCUUAAGGACACACCUGUUCCUGGUACUUAUGAAAUCAAAGAUUUUGUUGAUGACAUGAAUAAAAAGCCCAUCAGAUCAACAUAUGGUUUCAAAAAUGCUGGGAGAAGAAAAAAUGCUGAUCUCUCUAGAACUGGUUCAACACUCAUGCCAGGGCUGUAUAAACAUAAAACAGAAGUUGAUAAAAUGAACAAAAAGAAGAUAACUUAUAGUUUUAAAGCGUGCGAUAGAUACCAUGUACCUACUGCUAUAGUGGGAUAUAUAGAUAAGGAAUACCUGACCAGUCAAGUGAGCCCCUGUACCUAUGAUGCCGGAUAUCAGUAUGUGCCAAAACUGUCAUCAAAGCAUCCAGCAUUCAAGUCACAAGUCCACAGAUUCCCAACCGUUUACUUCAAGCCUAGAGAGGGUCCUCCACCAGGGCAGUACAAUCUGUCCAAAGAUCCUAUACUACCCAAAGGACCUAACGUUACUUCAUCAUUUAAGUCAAAAACUCCAAGGUUUCAACAGCCCCAUGUACUGAAAACGCCUGGUCCUGGUAGCUAUGACAAAACUUUCCAGACACCAAUGCCAGACACUAUAAAGAAAAUGGGUCGAAGCUAUGGGUUGUUUUUCACUUGUGGUGCCUAUUAGUUAGAUUUAUGAUUUUUAUAUUGCACGAAAUUUAAUUUAAAUCCACAACAUGUAGAUAGAACCAAGUCGAUCACUUCUAUGAUAAAUGAUGUAACUUUAAUAUUUUAAUAUUUGCAUUAAAAAAUUGAACCAGA